UCAGAGAAGAGAGCUGGAGCUGGAGCUGGAGCCAGGAAGGCACGAGCCGUGGAUGGGGCCGGGCGCCUCGAUCGGGCAUGGUGCGUGUGGUGCUGGCCGGCUGGGCCACGAUGGAGGCUCGAGCACAUGCACCGCAGCGGCAGAAGAAAGUCUGGCGCUGGCUGCCCAUAUUGUUGAUUGAUACACGACACGGUCGCCAGCAGCUAACGGUGCAGUGUAGCAUCGCGGGCCCGGCCUGGCGCGCCGGACAUUGGCAUCCAUGCAGCUCCCGGCCGGCCAGCCCCUGUGCAGCUCACUGGCGACGGGCCACCACAUGCCCGCCAAGGUCUUUUCGUGCAGCGCUGGCAUGGCCCGGCGGCCAGGCAUGUCUCAUCUCCAGGGCCAACUGCCCGAGCGUGCCAUUUCCUCCGCUGCCCGGGCCGCCCCAUGCAGAUUACAAAAACUCUACCUCCGUACGUUACAUAUGGACGACCUCGAGGAUUCGUGUGUGCCCGUGUCGCCGUGUCGCUCGCCCCCAACAUGGAAAAACGAAGCUAUCCACCAUAAAUUGCAGCCAAGCACGCAGCCGGGGUCGCUAGCAAGCCCGCCCAUUGGCUCCCGCUGGUCAGGCCAGGCCCAGAUCCGGCUUAGCG